ACCGCUUAUUUUGCACAGAAGCUAUUUAGUUAUCAUUCGACUAACACGAUUGUUUUGCAAUAACUUUUACAAAGUAUUUCAACUAUCAUUUUUUAAAUACCAAUUCAUUUUUUUAGUUUCCAUUAAACACAUACAACAUGCCUAGUGGACGUCCUUUGUGGCAGGUUGCCGGUAAGAGAGACCCGGAGCAAGAAGUAGAAGCCCAGCAAUGGAUCGAAGCUGUGACCGGUGAAAAGUUCCCAACUGGUGUACCGUUCGAAUACGCACUCAGAGACGGUAUUUUGCUGUGCAAGUUGAUGAACAAACUGGCACCGGGUAUCAUACCCAAAAUUAACACUUCGGGUGGUGAUUAUAAGAUGAUGGAUAACAUAAGUCAAUUCCAGAAGGCUUGCAUCAAGUACGGAGUGCCGGACGUGGACCUGUUCCAGUCCGUCGACCUGUUCGAGCAGAAGAACGUUUACCGAGUGACCAUGACCAUAUUUGCCAUCGGCAGAACGGCGCACAAGCACCCGGAGUGGAGGGGCCCGUCGCUGGGACCGAGACCGUCGGAGGAGAACAGACGCGAGUGGACCGAGGAGCAGCUGCGGGCUGGUGAGGGCGUUAUUGGGUUGCAGGCCGGCCAGAACAAGGGCGCUACGCAAGCAGGACAAAAUUUCGGCGCUACCAGGAAAAUAUUGCUGGGCAAAUGAGAGUCGAGCUCCGCAACCCUGAGCCCCUCUCCUUUCCCCGUAAACGUCAUAAACAUGCACACAUAUUUAUAUACACGCGCACAUAUGUUUUCGUCGUUUGUGUACAAUAAUAUUUAUCUAACAUUGUUUUUUUUUCGUCACGUGCACGACUAAACUCCCGUCGGUAGGUCGACAGGUCACGGUGUCGACGGCGGUAAAGUUGUUGUUGCGUUCAAUAAAAAAAAAAAAAAAAAAAAGAAAAGAAAAACGAAAAAUAACUAUCGUGUAACACAAUAUUAUAUACUCUAUGCUCUUAUGCAUUCAAUACGUGCACGUACGUAAUAUGCAAACAUAUUGAAUCUGAGCAUUGCUACACCUUUUAUUUGCAACAAUAUCGGUACAAAAAGAGAGUGGCCGAAACGACAGCACGCACUACGUACGCAAUAAUAUUACUAUUAUCAACGUGUGUCGUCGUGUCGAGGUAAAAGAAUACAAUUUUCAAUGGAAAAUAAUAAUAUAUAAUACACGUUACAAUACAAUAUAGUACCAAAUAUUAUCUAAAACCGUUAAGAUUAAAAAAAUAAACUGUAACGAUAACACGGAAUACAAAUCGAAAGUGUUUUUCGGUUGUGCGACAAACACGCAGCAGCUAUGAUAAUAUUAUGUUAUACUACAAUAAUAGUAGUUUAGUUUUGUAUUGAGUUUUCCGUAUUUGACGCAAUUAUAAUAAUAAUAGUAAUAAUAAUAAUGUCAUAUAAAUGCUUU